UCGUAUUCUUUUAUUUAUACCGGUAUUUGACAGCAGCGUGUUUGAAAUUGUUUUGUAAUCAUUUCUAUAUAGGAAUUACAUUGAUAAUUUAUUGUUAAUUUGUUGUAAUCAAUUUUCCUAUAUAUUUUUAUAUUAAAAUUAUGCUACGGAGCAUCUCAAGACUUACCACACCAACACUGUUCAACACCUUCCGGUAUCGUGCUUUUGCCUCAACAGAAACUGGAAAUGAAGUACUGGUUGAGCGCCUUGAUGGCGAACGUAAAGGCAUAACAGUGAUAAGUCUCAACCGACCACAAGCGAAAAAUUCAUUUAGCCGUAGCUUAGUGCAGGAAUUCGAAAAAGUAUUAGACGGCUUGGAACAUGAUAACGGCUCGCGUUGUGUGAUUUUACGCAGCUCCACUCCAGGCAUUUUCUGUGCUGGUGCUGAUUUGAAGGAACGCAAAGCGAUGUCAACAGAUGAAACAACAGAAUUUGUAACAAGUUUGCGUGAACUAUUAAUGGCACUCGAGCAAUUGCCAAUGCCUUCGAUAGCAGCGCUGGAUGGGCAUGCACUUGGUGGUGGGCUUGAAAUGGCUUUGGCUUGUGACAUGCGUACGGCAGCGGAGAACACAAAAAUGGGUUUGGUUGAAACGCGCUUAGCUAUUAUACCCGGUGCAGGUGGUACUCAGCGUUUGCCACGCAUCCUAUCACCGGCGCUGGCAAAAGAACUCAUCUUCACAUCACGCGUGUUGAGUGGCAAGGAAGCUAAAGAAUUCGGUAUAGUCAAUCAUGCAGUACCACAAAAUGACAGCGGUGAUGCAGCUUAUCAAAAAGCUUUAGAAAUUGCUGAAGAAAUAUUACCCAAUGGUCCGGUAGGUGUACGUAUGGCCAAAUUGGCAAUUGAUAAGGGCAUACAAGUUGAUCUGAACACGGGUUACUCCAUUGAAGAGAUUUGCUAUUCACAAGUUAUACCAACUAAAGAUCGUUUGGAGGGUUUACAAGCGUUUGCUGAGAAGCGUAAACCGGUGUAUAAGGGUGAAUAAGAAUUUGGUAUUGAGGUGCAGAGCUGGAAAAAGUUUUCAAGAUCAACAUAAAGAAACUUCGUUUUGUAUAAUAUUAUAUAUUUAAAUAAAUAUUGCUUUAUUUAAAAAUAUUUUGCAAAAAACAUGACCCGUUUUGUUCAAUGUGCAUUUAUUUUUACUUUUCUUUUUUGAAUUAAACGAACUUUAAUGUUUCAAAAAAUUUGUUAAAAAUUUUAUAUAAUAAAUAAAAUUAUGAAAUUAAAUGUA